GGAAGGAGAAGGGAAGAUGGCGGCGGCGGCGUGAGGGGCGCGGAGGGAGCGGCCGCCAUGGGGGCCGCGCUGAGCCCCGCGCUGAGCCCGGCCCGGCGGGCACCCCCCUGGGCAGCCCCCCCGAGCCGCCCCCCGGGCCGCCCCGCCCCGCUGCAGGGGCCUGGCCCGGCCCGCCGGCCCGCGCAGCGCCCGGCAGCUGAGGGAGGCCGAGGAGGCCGCCCCGGUUUUCCAGUACGCGGGGAAGGCGGCCAAGCGGAAGGACCGCGUCUUCGUCUGGGGUUUCUGCUACUCGGGAGCUUUGGGCGUCCCCAGCUUCGUGAAGCCGGACGUGGGCUGGAAGAAGCCGCGGCGGAUCCAACCCACGCCCUACCGGCUGGAGACGGCGGAGAAGAUAUCUUCUGCUGCCUGUGGUUAUGGGUUCACGUUGCUGUCCUCCCACACCACAGACAUCACCAAAGUGUGGGGCAUGGGGCUGAACAAGGAUUCCCAGCUGGGCUUCCAGAGAAGCAGAAGAGAUCGAACUAAGGGCUAUGAAUAUGUCUUGGAACCAUCUCCAAUUCCAUUACCUCUGGAGAAGCCUCAGCAGACUCGAGUCUUGCAGGUGUCCUGUGGGAGAGCCCAUUCCCUGAUCCUGACAGACAGUGAAGGAGUUUUCACCAUGGGAAACAAUUCUUAUGGACAGUGUGGCCGGAAGGUUGUUGACGAUGAAAUGUACAGUGAAAGCCACCUGAUUCAUCAGCUGAAGGAGUUUGACAGCAGAGUUGUCCAGGUUGUGUGUGGGCAGGACCACAGUCUCUUUAGAACCAAGAAAGGUGCAGUCUAUGCAUGUGGAUGGGGAGCUGAUGGACAAACAGGGCUUGGACACUACAACAUCACCAGUGUUCCUACUAAGCUGGGUGGUGACAUUGCUGGAGUAAACAUCAUCCAGGUCUCUUCCUAUGGGGACUGCUGUCUGGCUGUUUCAGAUGAAGGAGAUGUCUUUGGCUGGGGAAAUUCGGAAUACUUGCAGUUGGCAUCUGUCACAGAAACCACCCAGGUGAAUGUUCCCAGACAUUUGCCAUUCAAGAUUGGGAAGAUAAAGGAGGCUGCCUGUGGAGGGACUGGCAAUGUUGUGCUAACAGAAGAAGGAAAUGUUUUUGUCUGGGGAUAUGGAAUUCUUGGGAAAGGACCAAACCUAAUAGAGACAGCAGUGCCAGAGAUGAUCCCACCCAGUCUUUUUGGCUGGUCAGACUUCAACCCGUCCGUCCGCGUUGCUCGUGUUCGCUCAGGACUCAGCCAUUUUGCAGCACUUACAAACAGAGGAGAGCUGUUUGUAUGGGGCAAGAACCUAAGAGGGUGCCUAGGAACUGGAAGAAAGGAAGACCAGUAUUUCCCAUGGAGGGUGACUGUGCCCGGGGAGGUGGUGGAUGUUGCGUGUGGAGUUGACCACAUGGUGAGCAUGGUGAAGUCCUUCACCUAGUGAUCCUGCUGGGCCUCAGCACUCUGCUAAGGAGACUUGGUGGGGUAACUUGGUGACAAGCUGCUUGGAAAGGAAGACUCAAUCCAUGAAGCCAAGCAAGAAGUGACUGAGCAGGGACAGCUAUAGCAGUGCUGGGGCGUGUUGUCAUCUCUGAUCCUGCCUGGCUGCAGGAAGGAUUGUGUUCCCUGAGGAGUGGGAAUGCAGGAAGUGCUCUGGCUGCUUCAGAACGAGCUUCCAAAGAGUCUGAGGCCCAGCCCACAGCUGGUGAGUCCCUGUGUGUGUAAGGAUGAAGAGCAUCUCCCUCAGGGAAGGCUGGCACGAGAUGAAGUCUGUAGCAGAGCACAGAUUUAUGGACACUUUCCUGUCACCAGCUCUGGGAUGUCUGUUGGCCUAAGCCAAACUGUUUCUCAAGGGAAAGAUUUUUUGGUUUAAGAUAACUUUUUUAUGUGGAAGAGAAGUCCUGCUGGCUGUUGGAGUCCAGCACAGCUGCCUUGGCCUCCACCACCAGCCCAGGCUGCUGUUCCCUGCAGAAGCUGGAUGCACAGCCAGUGGUCUGGAGGCAAUGGGGUGCUCUUAUCCCAGGUGGGGGCAGAUUUUCCACAUGGACUGGGAGACUGAACACCCCAGGAACACAUUUGUUAAACUGGAAGAGUGAGAACUUGUUUGCAGGGGGCAGUAUUACUGAUAACUUGAGGACAGCAUGGAAAGAUGAACCAUCGUGCUGUGGAAGGACAGAUGGACAGUGACCACAGCCAGUCCAGCCUGUCCAUGGAAGCAGGCUGGAAACACAGCUUCCUCCUUGAUACCUGCAGGGUGGGUGCCCAGGCAGCACUCACUGCUCCUCAAGGAGUUGUCUUCACGUGUUGACCACAAACCACUGCCUUUAAUUUUUUGGGGUGUCUCUGCACCCUUUCUGCCUGUAGCUCUGCUCCCUCAUCAAUCAGCCAGGCUCUCUGGCCUUGCCUAGCAGGGGAUGGAUUCUUAACAGGCAAGCAGCAGAGCCUUCUCCUUGGUACCUUCCUAGCAGAAAAGCUGUGGUGACUGCAUUUAGGAUCUAGGAACCUGCUGGAGAUAGGAUGUAACAGCUGUACCUGUAGCAGGCACUCACCACAUCUCCCUCUGGGAAACUGUCUCCUGGGAAAUACUCCAGACAUCAGGCAGGCUUGUAUCCUCUCUCUCCAUGUGGGAAUACUUCUGCUGUGUAAAUCAUUUUGGCAAAAUCCAAGCUCAUAUGGUUUUAAUAAAGUGUUUAUAGAAGUCUU